AUGGAAAAAUCGAAAUUAGAAUAUUGGAAACUUUUCGGCGUAUAUACAAGUAGAAAUUUUCCAGAUUUAAAUAAAAUUUUAAAAACACAAAUAAGGAAUGAUCCACCAAGAGUAAUAAUUAAAAAAUUAGAAUCGGGAGAAGAAAUUGUUUUUGGUGGUAUGUCUUUAAAAUUGUUCAAAGAAUUUAUUAAUUUAAGGAAUGCAAGUUUACAUGACGUUUUCAAUUUAACAAAAUUUCAAAUUACCGAUCCACAGUACAGUGUAAAUUGUUUAGAAAAGAAGGAAAUAGAUAUAUCACUUGGACCAUAUCCAAUUUCGGAUAAAUUUGAUGAAAUAAAAUAUUCGAAAUCAAUACGUCAUAACAUUUACUUACUGAUGGUACCAAAUCAAAUUGAAAUUCCCAAAUCAUUAUAUUUUGUUAUGCCCUUUCAUAUAGAUUUAUGGAUUACAAUAUGUAUAACAGUUAAUAGAAUAUUUGAUGUUUCAAAAUGGUUCUGCAAUAUUCUUGACAUUAUGAUUUUAAGUGGAAACUCUUAUAAACUUAAAUGUGAUUCAAACUUAAGAGACCGUUUGAUAUAUCUUUUAUAUUGGAUUUAUGGUUUUAUAAUAACUAAUAUAUAUUUGGCUAUACUAUCAAGUUUUCUUGUAAGUCAAGUAUUUGAAAAACAAAUUGAUUCAAUUAAUGAUAUUGAGAGCGCAAAUUUAAAAAUUAUGACAUUAGAUCAAGAGAUAGAAUUUUUACACAACGACAUAACAUUAUUUCCAAAAUAUAAUAAUCUAUUAUAUCCAGUUGAUAUGAAAACUUUACACAAAAAUCGUUUAAUACUAAAUAAAAAUUAUAUCGGCUAUCCUAUGCAUAUUGAUAGUCCGUACAUGGAAUCAUUUGAAGAUUGCUAUACAAGAUUAAUAGAAUCAGGGAUUUAUGAUAAAUGGAUGUACGGAGACAGUGUUUAUGAAUCUUUUCAAACUUUGUUAUUUGAGCUAUUGAUAUGGAAAAUUAAUAAUGCUGAAUUAAAAGAUUUUUCGUGA